AUGGAGGUCUUCUGUAGACACGUCCCUCCAGACUUGUCGGAGGAAGGUCUCAGAGGAGAGCUCGAGCCAUUCAUGCAGGCGCUCGGCAUCUCAGACUGGGCCUGCGACAAACCCAGGCAGAAACCACAAGCAUGGCUUAAGUUCCUCCAUGCCUCCAACGGCCAAGCGUUUCUCAAGAAACAUGGGAAGAUCAGUGCAGAAACUGGGCAACGAAGAGAAGACAUCGCUCUUGGUGAUCCACUGAAUCCACGGAUCAAGCCUAGGGAUAUUGCUCGCCUCCAUAUUCUCAAAACCGCCAUCUAUGCGGAAAAGAGCACUCGAGCUCUCGAUAAGCAUACCGUCGCCCACCUGAAGCACAAUCACGACCAGAGAUUACGAAUACCUGCUCGAGAUCCAGAAGCCCCAGACUACCCGUUUUGGGUUCAAGCCGUCAGUUGUGGCGGGAACAUGUUUCUCGGUGACGAUGAAAUACUCACUUACAUCGAACACAAUGCUUUGCGUGUCCCUCGAUCCAUCAAAGGCAAGUUCACACGUCUGUGGCUAACCGUAUGGCUGGAUGGUGGCAACCGCAUGGAUUUUCACAAUGAAACCAUACAGGAUCUCAUAGCCGGACGCCACGACAAUUCCUUUACUCUGGUCCUGGCAGAACCGCCCCGAUUGUAUCGCUCGGCCGUUACUCUCGAAAAUAAAAAUGCCAAGUGGCAGCGGGUUCAAGAAUUAGAGGACUGGGGUUUGAUUCGAGCUUACUCAUCAACUUGUCUGGUUUACCGUAUUCAAGCGUAUGAUACCAAACAGUUUGACAUCAUUCUACGUUCGAUCCAGUCUCAAGACGUACUUGCCAUCACCAGCCACACUAUUCCAUCGGUUCCGUGGAAUUCCGUACAAGUGGAGAGCAACCUCCAUCUGGGACGUCAGCAAUUCAUGGCCAGGACCAAGCGACUUCUGUCGUCAGGGUAUGUCCCGUUUGCCAUCUUGUUCCAGGUUCAGGCGCUUGUGUGGAACAACUACAUCAAUCCAUCCGGCGGCGCGGCACUCUUGGACCUUUUAGAGCGUGUCGCACUGGAUGCCAAGGAAAAGAAAGUCGCCAUGCCGAUCACUACUGAUGCAAUGAAGGUAUUGUUCCAAAGGAUUCCUUAUCCUUGCCCAGGGACAGACCCUAGAGAGCUAGACGUCGUGAGCAUCAUGGCAGAUGCCAUGAAUACCGAAUACGAGUAUCGAGCGGAUGAUCCGCAGAGAGACAGAAUCUACGGAUCUAAGAUACCAGACCAUCAGGUCUGGGUCUUCAAGGCCUCAGUCACCCCUACACGUGUGAUUCUUACUGGCCCCGACGCAGAGAGUCGAAAUAGAGUAUUGCGUAUGUUUCCAGACAAUAACGACUCGUUCCUACGCGUUACGUUCUGCGACGAGAAUGGGCAAGACUUACACUUUAACCCACGAGUCGACAAUGACCUUAUAUUUUCUCGGUAUCGGUGUGUAAUGGACGAAGGCAUCGAAGUGGCCGGAAGAAAGUAUCUCUUUCUCGGUUUCUCCCAUUCGUCCCUUCGCUCCCAUUCGGCGUGGUUCUCGGCACAGUUUGCCAAUCAAGACUUCCAGCAGCAGACAUGUGAUGUCAUACUGGGAGCCCUCGGUGACUUUCAAGACAUUCGGGUCCCUGCGAAGUGUGCAGCUCGCAUCGGACAAGCCUUCUCAGAAACUCCAUACGCAGUUCCCCUGUUCGAGAACGGAAUCAAUACUCGCUGGAUUCCUGAUGUAAAAUCUGCUGAUGGCUCCCGCGUUUUUAGCGACGGCGUUGGAACAAUAUCUUCAAGCGCCUUGGAAGAUAUUUGGACUUACCUUCCAAUGCGUUCCGCAGCGCCUACGUGUCUCCAAAUCCGCUGGGGCGGCUGUAAAGGGAUGCUUUCACUUGAUGCCCGGCUUGAAGAAAAGGUGUUCUGCGUGCGAAGAGAGUCCAUGAUGAAAUUUCCAAGCCAGGACCUAACGGAACUUGGUAUCUGCGAUACUUCAUCCAAGCCCCUCCAACUCGUCCUCAACCGCCAGAUAAUCAAAAUUCUAGAAGAUAUGGGAACCAAGGACGAAUGGUUCUUCGAGUCGCAGCAAAAGGCACUGAAUGUAUUGCGUAACGUCACCGUCAACGCGCUGAACACCAGCCUUUUUUUGGAGCACCAAGCGAUUGGACUUACUAUGGGAUUGCCCAAGCUAGUGAAGCAGCUUGACAGGAUGGGGAUUAACUAUCGGCGCGAUAGGUUCCUCAGGACGGCCGUCGAGUACGUGGUUCUGCGAGAGCUUAGACUACUGAAGCACAAGGCGCGUAUUCCUGUGGCGAAAGGAGUGACCCUCUUCGGCGUCAUGGACGAGACGGGGUUCUUAGAGGAAGGUGAAGCCUACGUCACGUACGACAAGACAUAUGGCGUCAAAAAUGGCCAGCGUAUCAACGCUACGCUGGAAGAUGGGAAAAUCUUGGUCACCCGCUCGCCUGCUCUUCACCCGGGGGACAUCCAGGUGGUCAACAUGGUUACACCUCCGAAAGGGCAUGCCCUUAGAGAACUCCAGAACUGCAUCAUUUUCAGUCAAAAAGGCAAGCGCGACUUGCCGAGUCAGCUGAGUGGAGGAGAUUUAGAUGGUGAUUUGUACAACAUUGUCUGGGAUCCUCAAGCAAUGCCUAAGCAAACCUUCGCACCCGCGGACUAUCCCCGGCUAAGUCCCAAGCCCCUAGACCGUCCUGUGACUUCUCGGGACAUUGCCGACUUCUUCAUCAAUUUCAUGAAAACUGAUAUCUUGGGGAUGAUUGCAACCCGACAUGUGACGCUGGCCGAUUACAAAGUGUAUGGAACGCUUGAUCCGGGCUGCCUUUCAUUGGCCAGCAUGCACUCGACAGCUGUUGACUUCUCAAAAACUGGUAUCCCAGUAGACGUGAAGAAAUUACCAAAGCCGCCAUUCUAUCGCCCUGACUUCCUUGCGACAGUCCCACCCCUCAAGGUUUACGACAUAGAUCAAAUCGAUCUUAUCGUGGAUCAUCAAGAGCCUGUCCAUGAGGAGGACACUAUGGGUCAAGCCAAGCACAAAUACUACAGGUCGGACAAGAUCCUUGGACGUCUAUACCGAAAUGUCAACGAGAAGAAGAUCUGGGACGAAGAUAUUCAUCGCAGCACCACCAUGGACGGACCCUCUAUUUGGGAUCAGUUGCUGGCGACUGUAAAAAGAGAGGUUGUCGGGUACAAUCUUGAUAUCGAUUGGACACGCAAGUCUGAACAGGCUUGGAAGAUUCGUAACCUGUACGAAUCCACCAUGGUAGACAAGAUGUGGCAUUUUUCGGAGAAUCCGCGCUCAUGUCUGACGGAAGUCGAAGUCUUUUGCGGUUUCAUCCUGAACAAGAAAGGCAGUCAGACAGCGCGCCAGCGAGACUCAUCUAUCAAGUUGAAAGAAGAGAUUGAUCGCAUUAUGACGUGGUUUGUCAAGAUGAUCCGAGAUCAGGGUCAGAGGAACGAUUUAGAAACGUUCGGCACCAGGACUGAAACCUCUUCUGCUCCGGACCGGCGGCGAGAGGAUGUCAUAGAACUGUGUUGGGCAUGUGUAGCUGUGGCAUGCUUGAAGAAAGAAGAUGCGCCCGUCACGUAUCAUGCAACAGGAGAGCUACAGAGUUUCCGCGUAAUCGCUGCAUGCUGCCUCUUGAAGGAGCUGAACAACUUGACUAGGAAGAUGAAUAGCGUUUCCGGAGGUGGCUUUACUGGUGUGGGGAGUGGCCGGCGAGGCCGGCGGCAGACAGCACUUGCGAUACGGUAA